UAUAACAGCAGCAGUAUGCAUACAAACCAAAUUUAGAGAUAAGAAGAAUAAAGUAUAAAAAUAAAAAGCAAACACACGAACAUUGUAUUCAACGACAAAAAAUACAAAAAUAAACAACAACCGACAGAGCAGGCAUUGUAUGUUUGUAUGUACAGUUGCUAUUGUAUGCAUACAAUAGCAAACGAAAAAACCUACAACAAAACCACAUAACGACAAAAACGAAAACAUAGAGAUACACACAUAAAUAGCCAGAGAAUAUAAACAUACAAAUUAUUUUGUAAACAGAGAGCGUAAAGCAGACAGUAGAAAACAAAAGCAAAUAGAUUUUAUCGGUUUUGUAACAAGAAAGAAAGAGACAACUGUAGUUGAUACAAAUAAUUUUAAAAUUUCUUCUCAUUUGUUGGCUCAUUUACUCUAUGCGUAUGCUCAUACAUUAACAGUUAGUCGGCCAGACAUCGUUUGUUAUUAUUUUGUGUAGUGUGUAUAAAAGAACCAACGGCCUCGUAACGAAAAAGUGACGCAUAACUAAAAAGAAUUUUCAAUAAAUGUAUUUUCUUAAGAAUUUGUGUAAAAAUUGAGAAAAAGAAAUCAAAAAAUAUAGAAAAUGAAUAAUUUUACUUUGGAACGUAAUACGUAUCGUCGAAAAUUGAUAAUGCUGGUGAAACAGCAUCCCAUAUUAUGGAAUAAAACCCAAGAAAAUUAUAAUCGCAAUCGACCACAGAAAAUCAUGGCAUGGCAUCAAAUUUCCGAACAGCUGGACAUAUCGGUUGAUAGACUACGUCGCACUUGGGAAAAUCUACGUGAUCAAUAUCGACGCGAUUUAAAACGUGAAGUACGUUACGGCUUUAAAUCGAAAUGGCGUUUUUUCACCGAUAUGGAUUUUAUUCGCGAUAUGGUAUCCUGUAAAGAACAUGAAUUUAAAGAAAAUGAAUUUACCGAUUCCGAUUCAGAGCUAGAUGUUACAGAUAAUCAAAAUCAUGGUGUACAAACACAAUGCAGUCCCAUCAGCACUACUCUUGUAGCUCCAACUACCACACAAACCAUAACCACACCAACUAAUUCUACUAUUUCAAAUAACACCAGCAGCCCUACAAAUGUCUUACCCUUUCAACCUAUAAUGCUAAGUAAGCAAUGGCAGGUGUCGGUGCCACAACCAGAAGAAAUGUCACAAAUAUAUAAUCCCACACCAGUGGCCAUCUAUACAACACUUAACGCUCCACCAGCACCAGCCACCAUGGAACCCCUAAAUUAUCAUACAAAUUGUGACUCCUCCAAAGAUUGCCAGCAACCGAAUAAUGAAACCAGCUUAAACUAUGAAACAGUAGCCAAACAGGAACCAGAUUUAGAUCUUGAAUUAGACAAUAAUCCUCCAGCUAUAGAAAUUCAAGAUUCAACACCUGAAAAGUCCAAUGAAAGCUCAAAUACUAGAGAAUUCCAAGAACCUAGUGUUUCGACAUCUUGCCACAAAAGAUCUCGUUUGUCUGUAGAAGAAAUUUCGGAUACAGCGAUGGCCAGCACAUCACGUUCUCAAAUAAAAACGGAAACCGAUCUUAAUGCUAAAGAUGAUGAUUAUUAUUUUGUCAUGAGUCUCUUGCCAUCGCUAAGACAAAUUCCCCGUAAUCGUAAAUUUCCUUUAAGGAUUGGUAUUAUGAGUUUAAUAGCUAAGGAUUUGGAGGAAAUAUGUAAGGAGUAAAGAGCCUAUUGCAGUUAUUUUGUGAUCAAAAAAUACUUAAGUUGUAAAGAAAAGUUAUAACAAAUGUUUUAAUAAAAUUAAUUCAAAUCUAAAUUUGUUAAAAUUUUCUAGAUUGUUACCCUUCGCCUGGG